AUGUCUCGAGCCAGCCUCGCCCAGGCCUCGAGGCUCGCCUCACGAGCUCUCCAGCAAGCUGCCGCGCCCCGUACCGCUUUGCGCCCUCUCCCCGUCCUCCUCACACACAGCGCGCUGCGUCCUGCCGCCACGCAGCGAAGCUUCUCGCUCUCCGCACCACUCCGCAAGGGCAUCAUGCCCGACACCGAGUCGCCCGCCAAGGAAGCGCCCGUGUCCCCCGAACCGACCUACGGCGCCGUCGAGCUCUCCGAGGCAGAGUUCCACGACAUUGCCGACGAAUACCUCGAAGGCGUGCUCACGCAGUUUGAAGCUCUGCAGGACACGCGAGAGGACAUUGACAUUGAGUUUUCCUCUGGCGUCAUGACCAUCACACACGCGGACAAGGGCACGUACGUCAUCAACAAGCAGCCCCCCAACAAGCAAAUAUGGCUGUCGUCGCCCCUCUCCGGCCCCAAGCGCUACGACUGGUGCGUCGUCGGCGAGGGCCAGGCCGACAAGGCGGGCACCGGCCAGGGCAGCUGGAUCUACGGCCGCGACGGUAGCAACCUCAACGAGCUCAUCCUCGAGGAGCUGGGCGUGGACGUGUCGACGCCGUCCGCAGCGAGCUAG